CCGAAGUAUUCAUGUUCAGCUGUCCCGCGGCGGAGCAACACACAGGGCACACACACGCGCGCACACUUGUGGCUCUUGAGGCAGGGACGCGCUGCAUGCACGCGGGGCGUAUGAAAUAAGAUCAAAAGCACAGAGUGAUAUCUUUGACGUUCAUACAUUUAAACGCAUCUCUGCGGGAGCUGCUAUGCUUCACGCUGCAAACCCCAACUGGAGGCUUGUGCUGUUCGCGCCAGUGACGAUUCCGCUGACGCGCCACUAGCCGCACCACCCAGGAGACGAGAGGAGAGCUGUGAGCGACGGAACGAGCAGGGGGGCUGACUGGAAACCGGUCUCUCUUUCUCUUUCUUUUCUCCUUUCUUGACGACCGUGGACGGAAGCCUGUUUGCGGUUCAAGUCCCGUGGACGAUAUUUAACGAGCGACAGCAAAAUUCAGCAGUAGCAUCAUCCAUCCAGGCUCUUCUGCAGAGAUGGAGGUACCAGGCUUGGCGCACAACAUAACCAGUCCAUUAAGUCCCUGCGAGGGGAUGAUCAAGGACCUGAGCUUGGACGCCAUACAGUUAUGCGAGCGAGAUGGAAGUAAAUCCCAGGAUGGCAGCAUUUCCGAGAUGGAGGAGCUCCCCGUUCCUCAGAACAUCAAGAUCAGCAACAUCACCUGCGACUCCUUCAAGAUCUGCUGGGACAUGGAGGCGCGCAGCAAGGAGCGCAUCACACACUACUUCAUUGACCUGAACAAGAAGGAGAACAAAAACUCAAACAAGUUCAAACACAAGGAUGUUCCUACCAAGUUGGUAGCCAAGGCAGUGCCCCUGCCCAUGACGGUUCGGGGCCACUGGUUCUUGAGCCCACGCACAGAGUACACCGUGGCUGUGCAGACCGCAUCAAAACAGACUGACGGAGACUACGCCAUCUCCGAGUGGAGCGAAAUCAUCGAGUUCUGCACUGCUGAUUAUUCCACAGUGCAUCUAAACCAGCUGUUGGAAAAGGCAGAAGUUAUCUCUGGCAGGAUGCUGCGUUUUUCUGUCUUCUACAGGAACCAGAAUAAAGAGUACUUUGACCAAGCCAGGGAGGCGCAGGACAACCGGAUGCUGCAGUCGGUGAAAGACAACAGUGGCAGCCAUGGCUCUCCCAUCAGUGGCAAGCUGGAGGGAAUUUUCUUCAGCUGCAACACAGAGUUCAACACAGGCAAGCCUCCGCAGGACUCCCCUUACGGCCGCCACCGCUUUGAGGUUCAGGCUGACAAGCUCUUCAACCCCGACACCAACCUGUACUUUGGAGACUUCUACUGCAUGUAUACAGCCUACCACUACGUUAUUCUGGUCCUGGCGCCAAAGGGCUCUGCGGGGGACGAGUUCUGUAAGCAGAGGCUUCCUGCACUGGACAUCACCAACAACCGAUUCCUCACCUGCAAGAAGGAUGAAGACGCUGACGGCAGUCUGGUGUUUCAUCACGCACAGGAUGUCAUCCUGGAGGUGAUCUACACAGAGCCAGUAGACCUGGCGUGUGGCACUGUGGCCGAGAUCAGCGGGCACCAGCUGAUGAGCAUGUCCACAGUAAAUGCCAAGAAGGACCCCAGCUGCAAGACCUGCAACAUCAGUGUGGGACGCUAAGAAAAGGCAAAAUGUAAGAGAGAGAGGGAAGGACUAGAGGUGACUGACCUCUAAACACACACAGGAAGUCCACAUGUACUGAAGAAGCAGACCAACACAUGCAUGAAGCAGCAGAUUUAGUAGACAUGCACACCAACAUAUCUCUGACACCGCUCUGUACUCCGAACAGACCAUCAUUUCCAAAGAAGAGUGGAGGAAAAAAAAGAGGAAAGUACACACUCUGACACCUGCACCGUUGUCUCCUCAUCUGAAAAGGGUUACCCUAAAUGUUGAAAACAUGCAUAAAAACAUACCUUAAGAUUUCCCACAUUAGGGAUCACCAACUGAGACAUCUAAACCUGGGACACCAACAACACAGAUCCAUCCUGUAAGUCCACACUGGCGUACUGACUAAACCCUUUAACUGUACUAACAAACAUGGGCUGCUUCUACUCAGUUUCCUGUUGAUUACUUUAAACUCUUGUCCCAUAUUUUGUUAAUGACCUUUGCCUUGUUAUUAUUGAUAUGCUGAUGAUCGAUUGUCCACUGUCUGUGUGGACAAUCAUUUCGUUGUUUCCAGUUACUUUGACUGUCGUAAUGUUUUAUUCUCAUCCCACAGUAGACAAUAUCAGACUUUUUUUCUUACCUUCUACUAGUGGCACAGACUACAAUUUCCUAGGGCUGCAGCAUUGAUAGUCAUCUUUCUUUAUACCAAAGGUAUUAAAACCAGAUGUGAAACCGCUGUGGAAUCUAAACAGUACUAAUGCAACAGCCUCUAAAAUGUGUAUUCACUAAGUCUUUUAGGGCCAAGUGUGAACUACUUGUUUUUACCUUUAAAAAAAAGCAUGAUGCAGCUCUGUGCAGCAUGAGUAUGAAAGCUGUCAGUACCUCUACCAUAGCAACCUUUUCUGCAACAGUCGCUCUUAUUUUGUUGUAGUCUGUGGAAACAAAGAAAGUAGAACCAUAAACUGUGUUUAGCAGAAUAAAUGUGAAAAAAAUAUUUAUUUUUAUUGAUACAUUCAUAUAUAUAUAUUAUCUAUAUAUAUAUAGAAAAUUAUAUAAACCAGAAGUGCACAAUGUCAAAAGCUCUGAUCAUUGUAACAAUUGCAUUUAGGGGAAUUAACUUCAUACAGGCAAAAUGGGGGGAUAAACACCAAUUUGACAGCAGAUAGAACUUGCACUACACUGUUCACCAACGUUCACAUAUUUUCCAAGGUGAACAUGUAAAUUGAAUGGUCACGAUAAUAGAUCAACUAUGAAACCCUUAAUGCAUAUCAUAGCACAAUGUAGGACUAAAAAACUGACAUGCACAAACACGACAAGAUUGUCUCAUUGAUUGCAUUUAAGCUUACAUCGCUUUGCCAAGUUAGCACUUUUAAAUAAAAUGCAGUUUUCACAUUAACUCUGGACUUUGCUGUCCAAAAUUAGUAUUAUGGCAAGGAAAAAAAGCAAGUAACAAAGUGCCAUAAAAUACAUACAGUUAUCUUAAAAUUACUAAUGUGUAACUAACAUCAAGUUGUUACAGCUCGUCAGCCUUGACAUAAAUUAGUGCUACAUAAAAUACACGUGCUACAUCAGGU